AUGGCUCUCCUUGCAGCACUCCUCUCGCUUGCGUCCUUGACGCGGUUGGCGGCGGCGACGACAGUAACUGUUAACGUCCCUGCUCUUGGCGACAUCGUCGGUAUUGCCCGGACUGACACCAACGCGUUCCUCGGCAUUAAGUAUGCCAGCGCUCCAAGGUUCGAGGAUCCCCAGCCUGUUAGUCCCUGGCCAAAUCCCUACGACGCGACGAAUGUGGGUGCAGCGUGCUACCAGAACUGUCCCAACAUCCCAGAACUGGCGUGCCAGGAAGACAUUUCUGAGGACUGUUUGUUUCUGAACAUCUUCACGCCAAGUGGAAAUCCUCCCGGAACUUGCGUCAUGUUCUUCCUGCACGGUGGCAAUUUCGAUGCAUAUAGCGGAGGAUCUAUCGUGUUUGAUGGCGAUGUAUUUGUCAACGAGGGCGGAUGUAUCUUGGUGACCAUAAACUACAGAUUGACCGCGUUUGGUUUCCUUGGAUCCCGGAACCUUGGGGUGAAGGACCAGAUCGCGGCCCUGGAAUGGAUUCACACCUACAUCCAGUACUUCGGGGGAGACAACACAAAGAUCACGGCUUUCGGCCAGAGUGCUGGGGCCCAGUCUACUGCUCUUCUGAUGAGCGUCCCCUCCGCCAGUCAGUACUUAAAUCGCGCCAUCCUCCAGAGUUGUCCCUUCACCCUGCCCUUCAGAACUGCAGCUCAAGGAGACAGCCAAGAAGCUCAACUCGCCACCUUGAUGGGGUGUACUGUGGGUAACCUCACCUGCUAUAGGGAGGCUGAUGCUGAUGACAUCCUUAAACUACAGCACGAGGUGGAACUUCCCGAUGCUCCCUUCCUAAUGCCCUUCGAAUUCUGGGGGCCUGUCAUUGAUAAAGGUCUGGUGAUGGACCACCUGUACAAUAUCUUCUCACGAGGUCUUCAUAAGAAGAUGGACACCAUCAUCGGAACUGUCCAAGAUGAAGCUAUGGGGUAUGUAUACAGUAUGAGCCCAUCUCCUCUAUCCACACAUGAGCUUCGAGAUCUUCUUCACAAGAUCAGUCCUAUCCUGUCGCCGGAGCUUCUAAGCCUAGUCUAUGAUGUAGACGGAGAUGAUGACAAACGUUACGUCCUAGCUGAAAUCGGCACUGACUACUUGUUCAGAUGUGUUGGUCAAUCCGUUGCAAAACGUAUGUCAAGGGAUGCAGUGGUUUACAGCUACGUCUUCGACCAGAAGUUCCCGUACAACAUAUGGGGUGACGGCAACAUCUGUAAUGAUUAUGUCUGUCACGGAGUCGAACUGCCGACGGUGUUCGGUACUUUCGGUCUGCUGAAUCGCACUCUGCCUCACGAACAGAUGAGUCUCUCUGAUGACGUCAUUCAGUACUGGAACAACUUUGCCAGAGACGGGCGUCCUUGGAGCGAAGACUCAUCACUUCUUACGUGGACAUCGUUCAAGACUAGGCAACAGAAGUUUCUUCUCCUUAAGGCAGGCAGCACAUAUAUGAAAUCAGACCCAGCUGGUUCGCUUAAAUGUUCCAUAUUGGAACAUUUUCUUGGUUUUAAUCCACGUUGAUAGCAGAACAGUCACAAGUGAUGUUAAAGGUUUUGAACCCAUUUUAGUAAUACUAUGGAUUUCAAAUAAACGAA